UCCAUCAGCCUCGUGGUGGUGAAAAUCAUGGUCAUUUACGAGGAACGGAAGGGACCCGAUAUCUCUUCCAAUGCGGCCCUGACCUUGAGAAACUUCUGCAGCUGGCAGAAGCAGCACAACCCACCCAGUGACCGGCACGCGGAGCACUACGACACGGCAAUCCUCUUCACCAGGCAGGACCUCUGCGGUGCCAAGACAUGUGAUACUCUUGGGAUGGCUGACGUGGGAACAGUUUGUGAUCUAAACCGCAGUUGCUCUAUCAUAGAAGACGAUGGUUUACAGGCUGCCUUUACAACAGCCCACGAGCUAGGCCACGUGUUUAACAUGCCUCAUGACGAUGCAAAGCAGUGUGCUGGUAUUAAUGGAAUAAGCCGGGAUUUCCACAUGAUGGCAUCGAUGCUUUCCAAUCUGGAUCGCAGCCAGCCGUGGUCUCCAUGUAGUGCCUACAUGAUUACCACAUUUUUGGAUAAUGGUCAUGGUGAGUGUUUGUUGGACAAGCCCCACAAACCGAUCCAGCUUCCUUCUGACUUGCCGGGCACGUUGUACGAUGCCAACAGGCAGUGCCAGUUUACAUUUGGAGAUGAGUCCAAGCACUGCCCCGACGCAGCCAGUACGUGUACGACGCUGUGGUGUACGGGCACUUCUGGAGGACUGCUGGUGUGCCAAACCAAACACUUCCCGUGGGCAGACGGCACCAGUUGCGGGGAAGGGAAGUGGUGCAUGAAUGGCAAAUGUGUGAAUAAAACCGAGAAGAAGCACUAUGAUACGCCGGUGCACGGGAGCUGGGGGUCCUGGGGGGAGUGGGGAGAGUGCUCACGGACCUGCGGCGGUGGAGUGCAGUACUCCUUCAGGGAGUGCGACAACCCCGUCCCCAGGAACGGGGGGAAAUACUGUGAAGGGAAGCGGGUGCAAUACAGAUCGUGUAACAUCAACGACUGUCCGGAGACCGAUGGCAAAACCUUUAGGGAGGAACAGUGUGAAAAGCACAAUGAGUUUUCCAAAUCUCCCUUUGGAAGUGGACCUGCAGUGGAGUGGACGCCCAAGUUUGCCGGCGUCUCUCCGAAGGACAGAUGCAAGCUGGUCUGCCGAGCAAAAGGAACAGGAUACUUCUUUGUUUUACAGCCAAAGGUUGUGGAUGGGACCCCGUGUAGCCCCGAUUCCACCUCCGUCUGCGUCCAGGGACAGUGCGUAAAGGCUGGCUGCGACCGUAUGAUAGGAUCCAAUAAGAAGUUUGACAAAUGCGGUAUCUGCGGUGGCAAUGGAUCCACUUGCAAGAAAGUAUCUGGCACACUUGUUAGAGCAAAACCCGGCUACCAUGAUGUUGUCACCAUUCCGGCCGGGGCGACGAACAUCGAGGUGAAGCAGCGAAACCACAGGGGUGCAAGGCACGACGGCAGCUUCCUCGCCAUCAAAGCCGCAGAUGGCACCUACAUCCUCAACGGCGAUUACACCCUGUCGACGCUGGAGCAGGACAUCACCUACAAGGGCAGUGUGCUGAGGUACAGUGGCUCCUCCGCCGCCCUGGAGAGGAUCCGCAGUUUCAGCCCUCUGAGGGAGCCUCUGACCAUCCAGGUCCUCACGGUGGGGGACCUGCCGCAGCCCAAGAUCAAGUUCACCUAUUUCGUGAAGAAGCCCACGCAGCUGGGAUCGGAGAAGGCACUCGGUAGAAAGAAAGAGUCCUUCAACGCCAUCAGGGAGAUCAUCUCCUCCGAGUGGGUCAUCGAGGAGUGGGGCGAGUGCUCC